AUGUCGGGCAGAGGCUUUUACGGACCACCUCGUGGACGUGGAGGAUAUGAUGGUCGUGGAGGUCCUCGCGGACCGGAUGGACGUCGUGGGUGUGGCUUCGAUGAACGAGAGUUGUACGGUCCGCCCCCGAGUUGUCAAGGUGGAAGAGGUCGUGGUGGACCACGAGGUGAAAGAGGAUAUGGAUCUUCACAACCUACUGAGUAUCCAUCAUUUCAACGUAACCCGUCAACAGAUCGGUCACGUGUUGGUGAUGUUCCAGGGGUGUGGAAGAAGCCUGCAUGGAGCGCGCAUGUACCUUGUGAACGUGGUGACAUAGCAUCGUCAUUACGACUGGAAAACGAGGCUACCUUGGAAGCUGCUCGCCAAAAGAAAAGCCAGUGUAUGAAGAAAGCUGUGUGUGACGUGUCUUGUGAGCUUUCAAAGUAA